UAUCUAAUCUUAAUAUAAUAACAGGUGUAGAAGACUUGACGUAUAUAAAUACUAUAUACUUUUUACAUCAGCAGUAGGUAGUUAUUUAGUUAGACAGUUUUGAUUGAAGUUAUUAGCCAAAAUGGAGAUUGCUAAAGAGCACAGAGCAUUAGUGGACCGUAUUGCUAGGGAAAAUGGAUUCACCGAUUAUGAAAUAAUAACUAGUUCUGGGUCGAACAAAGGAGACAACUUUCUAGGAAUCCUUACUGCUAUUACCAUUAAAAACAAGGAAAAGAGUUUGGAUGUUAUUUUAAAGACUUCAGAGACCAAUAAACAAGUUAGAGACUCUACUCCCUUUAGGGACCUUUAUAAGAGAGAAAUAUUUUUGUACGAACGGGUUUUCAAGGAAUUUAAGAAGCUUCAAGAAGAAUACAGCAUUGAAGAUCCCUUCGACAGUGUCCCCAAAUUUUAUUUGAGUUUUACUGAAGAUGAUCUUGAAGGUUUAGUGAUGGAGAAUCUAAAAACACAACAAUACCAGUUGUGGAAUAAGAAAGUCCCAAUAAACCCAGGACACACAAAAGCAGUACUCAUUGAGUAUGCCAAAUUUCACGCAGCUUCACUAGCAAUGAAAUACAAACAUCCUGAAUUAUUUAAAGAAUUGACAGAAAAUGGUCCACGUAAUCCAUACGAGAUCACUUACCAAGAAGGAAUCCAUGAGGAAAAGAUAGAACAUAGGAAAGCGUUUCUUACUCAUUCUUUAACUGAUAGUUUCAAAGCUGUAGAGGAUGAUCCAGUUUUGACAGAAUAUUUAGAAAAAUAUGGGCAAAAAUUAUUGCCUGAAGCUUUCUCUAAAUUACAAGAACCAGAAUACAAAGUUGUCAUAACACAUGGAGACUGUUGGUGUAAUAAUUUUAUGUUUCAAUAUCAGGAUCCAAACGUUAAAACAAAACCUCAAAGUUUACGUAUUAUUGACUGGCAAAUGUCUUCAUUUGGAAGUCCUUGUACAGACGUUUCCUAUUUUCUUCUGGCAAAUGGCUCAGAAGAGAUUUUAGAUGAUUUUGAAACCUACAUAAAAAUAUAUCACGACAAACUAUCUUCGCAGCUUCGUAAUUUUAGUUUGGAUCCCGAUGAAAUCUUUCCUUUGUCGAGGUUUCAAAAUCAUUUGAAGAAAAGUAUAUUACAUGGCAUGUUUAUGGCUCUUUUAACUAUAAAGUUGAUGGCGACUGAAUGGGUGCCUGAUCAUGUAGAAACUGUUGAAAAAUCUGGCGAUUCUAGUGUACUACAGAGUGAAGAAUAUAGUAGGAGAGUGAAAAUUUUGAUAAAUUUUUUGGUUAAAAAUAAAUAUUUGUAAUAAAAGUUUUGUAUCGUA